AUGGUCCUCGCUCGUGAAACCAUUGAGUUCAAAACUUGCGAUGGCACUAUUCUCCGGGGAUGGUUCUAUCCCCAAGUUGAGAAAUCGGCCUGUGUGAUCAUGACCCACGGGCUGGGUGGUGUCCGCCACUAUUGGCUCCCGAAUUUCGCGGAUCGAUUCCAGCAAGCUGGGUACAAUGUACUGCUCUAUGAUAAUCGGAACUGGGGUGACAGUGAUGGACUACCGCGGCAAGAGUCAAACCCGGCCCUUCAACAAGCCGACUACUACGACGCGUUCAAUUUCGCAACAUCAUUCCCUAGUGUGGAUGAUACUCGCAUAGUGUAUUGGGGCACGAGUUUCUCCGGAGGAAAUGUUCUAUACGCAGCUGCUGUGGACAAACGGAUCAAAGCUGCUAUCGUACAGUGCCCUGCAGUUUCUGGGGAAACGCGAUCAUUGGCCUUCAAAGACCGCAUCCCGGGCAUUCUGCAAGAGCGUGCUCGUAUCACUGCAGGAUCGGAACCAGAAAGGGUCCCGCUUAUUGCGGAAAACUUGGAAGCAGCGCAGUCAGGGACCACUGCUGCCAUGUUUCCCGGAGUUCAUGCUUACGAGCAGGUGCGCGGCUCGUACGAUUGUGGUGGUCGUUGGGAGAAUAAUAUUACAAUCCAGACACAGCUCAAUAUGCUUACGUUUGAAGGACAGAGUAUGGUGCAUCGUAUCUCGCCGACUCCGCUGUUGAUGGUUGUUCCUGGGAAUGAUAUCCUUGUCACCACGGCAUCUCAGAUGGCCACCUACGAAAAGGCUAAAGAGCCAAAGCAGCUUUUGUAUAUUGAUGGCGCAGGUCAUUUCGAUAUCUAUACCGGGGAUUGGUUUGAACAGAAUAUUAAAGGACAGAUUGAGUUCUUAGGGAAAUGGCUAGCCUCUUCUUGA